AUGUACUCGAAACAGGAGCGUAUUGUCAACGAGAAUCUUACUGACGAUGAAAUCAAGAAAACGUGGGAUGCCAUGCUACCGCGACAUCGCAUACCUCUCUUCGAACAAUACAAGCUUGAGCUGACGACGUUUCUCGGAAAUUUGGAUGAUUUUUUGCAACGGACACCACAACUUGGCGAACAGCAAAAGCUACAUAUCAAGAACAUCAUGAGUCGCACUUCAACGGCAGUUCAGCAAGUCGACGAAAUCCUCAAUAAGCUGGUGAGCCAUAGAAUGCUUUGCGUAUCUCUCUCUACACGUUUCUCGCAAUUUGUUUACUCCCGCAAAAAUCAGAUGGGCUAUACCCGUGGUUGA